CGUUGCAUUAUGUCUGAACGCGUUACAAAAUAAAGUCUCGGAGCAAAUUCUUAUAUUAUAUUAUACUUCUUAACUAUUUCUUUUUUAAAUAUUUUUUUCUAAUCAUUUUUAUCGAGAAUGGUUUAUACGAAUUAGUUCUUUUUCGCAACAUUUAUCGGAAAAUCGUUCAGGAUAAUGUAUUUAAUUGUGAAUAAGGAUGAAUGCGGAAAAAAUAUUUAGGAAGUGAAGAUGAGCAAUAUUUAUUCGCCAAAAAAAUGACCACAGCAUAAAAGCAUUGCAACACUCUAUGCUUUCCAAAUUGAAUUUCGCGGGAUUAGCUGACAAUAGCGGAACCCGAUCUAACCUUCACGCUAUUUCGCGACACUGAUUAGAAUAUCUCUAAAUGUGACUAUAGAGAUUCAUAUUUCUACGAUUGUAACUUCCACUUACAGCAUAGAAAAAGUACUAUCAUAAGCUAACACUUUGUAAACCUUUUGUACAAUCUGUAAAGCCAAACUAAACCUAUAAGAGGUUUCAAAGGCUCAAAUAAAAAAAAAAAAAAAUAAAAAAAAAAGAUUCAUAUGUCUUCUCUCCGUUUGUUGGCGCCCUUCUCGUCGCAACUCCUGUAAUCAACUAGACUCAAAGAAAACCCAAAGAUGUCUUAUAUUCGCCAACCUUAUACUUUACCAGCUAUCCAAGGACGGGACAAUAAGGAAUUCCAAGGGUAAUUUCACGGCGGCCGUCGCGUAAGGUGCCUGCGACGAUCCGGGUUGCAUAAGGAUGCGAUACAAGCCGAGAAUCAAAAUAAACGGAAAGUUGAACGUACAGCGAAUGACCGGCGACGAUACCGUUACCAACAUAUUGUUGAAAAGACAACCAGGCUGUCCAAGUACGUACAUCCAGGCGGGACCUUGACAUCCUACGCGGACGUUCGUCGGUGGCCCGUCACCACCACCGUCGCCGUUGCCAUCGCGUGGCCUUUUUUCGCAGCGAACCGUGCGAUACCUCGCGAACAACGAAUGAUCCACCGGGGAAGUACAACGGUCCUGACCGGUCAUUCUAAAUCUCCUCCAAUAAGAAACUGCCCAACCGGCGCACCGAAUCGCGUCCUUGUGGCUUCUUCGACCCCGCUGACAACGAGCAAGUGGAGGGGACGUUUAAGCGGCAACAAGAGUGGUGCAGAAGCGUGCACUUCCUGAGCAAGAGUCUCGCCGCAGGAUCCUGCGCCCGUGUAAUUGGGGUCCUGCGAAGCUACUCCCUACGAAGGCAGGAAUGGUGGGGGAUGCCCUAUGUAAGCCCUCGAACCGACCAGGUCCAGACCAUCCAGCAUCAGGACAUCGCACAAGGACUCAGAUAUACCGGUGCUCGCGACCGACUCACCCAACGAUUAGCGCGGGUUCAACGUCAGGCCUCCUCGAGGGUACUCGUCCCCUUGGAAUAUACCAUCGAUCACGCCACCAAAGGUCACCAUGAGGUUCAUCCUGAUAUUCCUGACCCUAGUGCUCGGACUGUGCGACGCGGCGAGACGCACCACUACCACGACGUCCACGCAAGCUAACUUCGAGGGAAGGCACCUCGGACACCGUGGCAAAUCCCAAGAAGACUCGAGAAACGUAUGGGACCUCGUGGAGCUACAGAAGUUGGACAAACAGGACUUUUGGAACAAAGAUCCGAACACUUCCGCGAAUACCACGAACCCUGAAGGUUCGAACGUGUUGAGUGGAAGGCAAAGUUAUCCAACUCUUCCAGGCCCUGGAGAUACGAACGAGCUACCAGGGCCUAUUGCGACUCCCAAGCCCAUCGAGCCACCUCCACCUGGAUGUUACGGUCCACGCGGACAGUUUCCGAGUCCGAGAAGCUGUGCUAAUUAUUUGAAUUGUUGGGACGGUGUCGUUAUCGAACAAACCUGCCCCGAUGGUUUGCUAUUCAACGCGAUAACCUUGGUUUGCGACUAUGAUUACAACGUUAAUUGCGGUGACCGACCUUUACCUACGCCAAAACCGCCAAUAGCCAACGGGUCUGAACUAUGCCCAGACCCGAAUGGCAGGUACAGAAGCGCGACGAACUGCUCGGAAUUCUACGUGUGCGUUUUUGGAAGGCCAGUCAAGUUCAGCUGCCCACGUGGUUUGGUCUAUAAUGACCUACUGAACGUCUGCGACUACCCAUACAACGUGGACUGUAAAGGCUCAGCAACACCUGCGCCAACGACCCCACCGAUAACCAUUGGUCCUAUAACGCAAUCACCUUCCAAACCACCGCAGCCACCAACCUAUCCGCCAACCCAACCGCCCUAUGGACAACCAGGACCACCCCCCUACGGCCAGCCAGGACCGUCCUACCCUUGGCUGAACCUAAAAGCUAACAGUGAGACUUGGAAUCAACAAGCAGAAUCGUCGCAGUUGGACGACGACAAGAGCGAGGAAUCGCUCUUCGAGAAACAUCCCCAACCGCCCGAGACGUCCCCGAAUCCAUGGAACGUGUUGCAAAAUAUUCCUGCAAGCCUCGUGGCGGUACCAUGCAAAAACGGUGAUAUACACAGGCUGAACGAGGCCUGCACGAAUGUAGUAGUUUGUAGAAGCGGUCGCCCGCAGCUGGUGCAAUGUUCCUCGGGGCUUAUAUACGACAGACCAUCGGACUCCUGUCAGCCACACUCCGUUGCCAAAUGGUGGGUAUUCGCAAGCAAUGAUGAAUUUUUAUUAGGAGAUAUUCUGAUCGUUUGGUUAGUUGACCCUGCAGUGCGCAAUUUUUUUUUUAAUUGUAUUGCAGUUUUGCUUUAUCGAAUGAAAAUUAUGCCGGGUAUGUGGGAUAUAUUGCAAACAAAAUGUAUUUUUAACUCUUGAGUGUGGUGGGUGUA